AUAGAACUACUAAGAAGCGUCUAUAAUGGUCCUAUAGUAGUAGCUUUUUAGUAAGUUCAGAGUGCAGGUGUUAAUAAUUCCAUACAAUUAGAAUAUUCGAGAAUAAACUCCACAAGUUAAAAAAUAAACCAAAUUUAACUAGACACCAUUGUUGCCAUAAUUGCGGCCAAAUAGUUAUCUAUUGUCGAAUGGACAUUAUAUAAAAUAUGUGACAAAAAUCCUUUACCAAAGGUUUAUGAAUAAGACGAGAUUUUGACAUUGAUUACAGAAUGUACUGAGAUUUAAAACAUACUAGAAUAUCCAUGCUAGAAAAAAAAGCGGGUGACAUUGAUAUAGUGGCAAUGAAAGCCAGUAACUAUUUAAUGGAGGCCGCCCAUUCUUUCCGUAUCUACCUCAAGAAUCACUGCGCAGUCCGAAAGCCUAAAAAAGGCGAAGCGCCCAAACCGGAGCGGAAGCCGAAUAAGGCGGUGAUAUGGGUCGCUAAGGAGUACCCGAAGUGGCAACAUAUCAUUUUGAGUACUCUCAAGGAGUUAAAUGGGCCUUCAGGUCUCCCCGAUAACAAAGUAUUAUCAACAAAACUUUCUGCUAUAAACGAUCUUAAAAAAUAUAUGAAAAGUGUGAUGCCAUUCGUUCAAGCCACAAGAGAUAAUCUACAAAAGAUUGGUCCCGAAGCCCUCUCUGUUGCCUUGCCCUUUGAUGAGGCCCAACUGCUUGAAGAUAACAAACAAUAUCUGCUGAAUACUUUGGGUCUUGACGCAAUCGAAGUCAAACAUACAUACAGUCCUGAUACUCCAGAAAAAACGAUAGAAGACUGUGCGCCUGGUAGUCCACAUGUCAACUUUAUUGCGGUACCUGGACUUACAGUGACCUUCACCAACCCCACACCGAUGAGUGGAUUGUUUACCAUUUCUGUGACCCUGGUAGAUGGGGAUACGGUUGAGAAGAUUAAAGCCAAGAUCGCUAAAGAGAUUAAGGCUAUUAAAGACAUAAAUGCUCUAAAGCUGUGGUGAUAUCUUGAUCCGGCGUUAGGUCCUCGCAAGAUUCCAGUAGCAGGCGAUCACGUGACAAAAUGCGCGGAACUCGUCAAUGGCGAUGGUAUACGCGUCCACGUGGAAGCGUCGCGUAUAGAACUCGUUCAGAACGGAACGAAUAUUGACGUCGGCUUACAGUUUGUGUAUACUUAUGAUAAGUGAUUGUUUUCAGAAAUAUAUUUAUUUAUUUUUA